GCCGGUCGCGUGGUAGCUCAAGGUACACAGCUCUCGCAUGUGAGAGUCAUGGAGCCCUUGGUCAAAGUGGACUCCUUCGGAGCGCCGAUGAUCUUCGAGGGACCCCGCGCCGGGGCAAGGGUCCUCAGACCCAUCGACAUCGAGUUCACCGACCUCACCUACACAGUGCACGCUGGCAAAGUUACAAAGCAAGUCCUGAAAGGAGUUUCUGGCACAUUCAAAUCGGGUGAGCUCACCGCGAUAAUGGGACCCUCCGGCGCAGGAAAAACGUCACUCCUCAACGUCCUAACUGGAUUCCUGUCGGAAGGAAUGAAAGGCAGCGUGAGGGUGAACGGAAUGGAACGCAAUCUCUCAACUUUCAAGAAGAGCUCGUGCUACAUUUUGCAGUCAGAUCAGCUGCACUCACACUUCACCGUCCUGGAGACUAUGUACAUGGCAGCCAGUCUCAAACUGGGACCCGGAGUUGGCAGAAAGGCCAGGAAAAUUGAGGUGGACAACGUGCUGGACAGGCUGGGCCUGCGAGUGUGCGCGAACACAAGGGCCUCCGAGUUGUCCGGAGGCCAGCAGAAGAGACUGAGCAUCGGCCUAGAGUUGCUGGACAACCCGCCGAUCAUGUUUCUCGACGAGCCUACCACAGGUCUGGACAGCUCGUCGUGCUCAAGUUGUGUGAAACUUCUGCGAAGUCUCGCCUCUCAAGGACGCACCAUCGUGUGCACAAUUCACCAGCCGAGCGCCUCUUUGUGGGAGAUGUUUGACCAUGUGUACGUGCUGGCUGAGGGCAAAUGCGUGUACCAGGGCGACAGUUUCCAGGCGGUCUCGUUCUUGGCCUCGCUUCGACUGCCCUGCCCGCUUUACCACAACCCUGCCGACUUCAUGUUGGAAGUUGCAAGCGGUGAGCUUUUCGCAAAUGGAAAUUUGAUCGGCAAACAAGAGCACCAAGCGAUCCUUCAACAAAUGGUCGUAGCUUCGAAAACAGACAAAUGGAGGCGGAAAACUUACAGAUCAUUUCAGCAGAAUACAAUAACAUUGGGUGACACAACAAGCGUAUUGCACCGAGCUCAAAAGCAAGGCGUGUCUGAGUGGAGCAAAUUUUGCAUUUUGACUCAUAGGAUUACGAAGCAAUUUUUAAGAGACUGGACAAUGACGUAUCUCAAACUGGGCCUGCACUUGUUGGUGGGCAUCGUCCUGGGCCUGUUGUACCAAGGCUCCGGCCAGGACGGCGCUCGCAGCAUCGCCAACAUGGGCUUCUUCUUGGUGACCCUUGUGUACCUCGCGUACACUUCGAUGAUGCCCGCCGUUCUCAGAUUUCCUACGGAAAUGAACGUACUUAGAAAAGAGAGAUUCAACAAUUGGUACUCCCUACGGACUUAUUACGCUGCGUUUACGGUUGCGGACACCCCUCUGCAGCUCUUAUUCUGCGCCAGUUACGUACUAGUUUCGUACUUCCUGUCAUCACAAUCAUUAGACCCAUUCAGGGUGAUAAUGUUUGUCACGAUUUGCCUCAUCAUCUCCCUCCUAGCAGAGACAAUAGGACUCAUCCUAGGAGCGGUCUGCAGUCCAAAGGUUGGAACAUUUGCGGGCGCGUAUUCAACUGCCCUGUGGAUCGUCCUGUCAGGAUUUCUCCUGCUCUACACCCACACUCCAAAGUUCCUGCGCUGGAUGCACUACAUCAGUUAUUUGCACUACGGCUUUGAAGCCCUUGCCAUCACUCAAUAUGGGUAUGAUAGACAGACGCUCGAGUGUCCAGAAGAUGAGUACUGCCACUACAAAUACCCAAAGGCUCUUUUGACGGAGCUGAGCAUUGACCCGGACAACUACUGGCUGGACUUUGGUGUGCUGAUUGGAAUUCUGGUGGCCCUCAGAAUUGUGACAUACUGGGCUCUGAAAAAGCGACUUAACUCUUUGAACUGCAAAUGAGCUGCCUUAAUUUUAUAUGCAUGUAACUUAUUCCCCAUUCUGUGAGAGUGCACGAGACUGUUGUGUGUUUUCUUAACUAAACAUUUUUUGUGUCUCAAACUGUGAUUUCCUACUCUUUCACCUUCGCGUGCCUUGGACAUAAAACAAACACAAUUGUGAUAAAAAAAAUCAAGAGGAGCAUUGUUGAGUGUAAACUUGCCACCAAAUGAUAUUAUUUAACUAACUUUAUUUCCAUGACAUGCACUGGUUGUGUAGUUACCAUUGCCCUUUUGACGAGCUGCUCCUUUUAUUUCCGUAAGAUUUUGCCAACGCCGAGCACGAAAGUGACUUGAAUUUUGGAUCUGACCAAUUCUUUUAUGAAAUAAGAUCCACCAUAAAUAAUUUCCGGAUAAAAUAUUUGUAAAUAACUUUCAAUUUAAACUUUCCAAGCAUUUUAUUGAACAAUUUGUUUUAUUUUAUGAUAAUAAUUAUUAUUUUGUAUGCAAUUUUGUCAAGAAAAAAAGUGAAAACAAAGGAAAAAAUUUCCAAAGUUUUUGAUUGAUUUUAAUUAGAGAAAAUCCACAUUAAUGAUCAUAAUCCACUGCCACAGACCAGUAUGCGAAUUGUAAAUAUGAAGAAAAAAAUGAUAUAGAAGGCGAAAUUUUAUUUUUUGGUUCAUUUAAAAGAAAACCAUGAGAAUUAAAAUAAAUGAAAAAAAAACUAUCAUGCAAACUUG